UAAUAUUUGGAUUAAAAAAAAAUAAACCAACUAAUAUUUCGGAAUAAAAUUGUAAAAGUACAAACAAGCUCAAAAAUAAUUUGUUUAAUUUAUAAUUAAUUCAUAAAAUGUGGGCUAAUUAAAGGCUAAAUUAAAUUUUGAAAAUUAUAAAAAAAAAUUAGGAAGCACCUAUAAGAAAAGAGCUCUAAUAAUUAAAAAUAAAAUAAAUAAAAUCGGUUGCAUAUUUUCCAUUGUAAAGUUUUCCAAAAAUUGAAAUUAAAAUUUAUAAAAUUUUAAAGAUUUAAAAAAUAAUAAUACUUAAAUUUUCAUUAUAAAUACUUGAAUUAAAAAACUUUCAGUUAAUUUUCAUACAAUAAAAAUUUCUAUAUUUAAAUUUUUUGAAACAAGUAAAAAAAGGACUUGAUGUAAAUGAGACUACAAUUACCCAGUAAACAGAUUUAUAGGUUGCCCUAUGGACUUUUAGACAGACAAUCACUGCAUGAAUUGUAUUUGACCAACAAUACAACAUCAUAAUUGUGAAAUUAAUAAAACAGAUGGAUGACGUAAUCAAAGGAACGAGUUAAAGGCAGAAAAAUUAAUUAAAAAAUUUUUCUCCUCGAACUGGACUCGAACCAGUAACCUACCGUUUUCUAGGCGGACGCUCUACCAACUGAGCUACAACUAAUAUAUACAUAUACAUACAUUAACUCAGAUCAUUGCUUAUCGUAUUAUGCCAUCAUUUUCCUUUAAUAAAAUUAACUUCUGAGUUUCUUCUGUGUUAAGAUCUGUAAGAAUAUAUAAGCAAAAAAUUGUAUAUUUACUAAAUAAUACUAAAACUCUGUCAUCACAGUACCUAAAUGAAAAUUUAUUCAAAAGAAUCUUAAUGAACUGGUAGACUAAAUAAAUAGAAAAUAAAGAAGUAGAAGAAUAAGUAGAAGACGACGAUUAAUUAAAUGGCAAAUAAUAUCCUUUUUGUGUUAUCAGUGUGUGCGGUCACAUUUGUGAUAGAUGAAAUAGCAGCAACUAGAAAUAUUGGAUUCAUAGGAACAAAAGGUAAACGUGACAGUAAAGAGGAUGAAACGGAAAGUGCAGCAUCAUCAGUAUUAAAAGCGACUAUAUCACCUCUAUCCGCAGAGGCUACAAAUCUAAUUGAAAAUGAAACAAAUGGGAUUUCUAGUGGAAAUAAUGAAUUGUACUUGAGUAAUCUACCAGAUCGUUCAUUGUUUAAAAGAACACCAUCUGGUUUUAUUGGUAGCCGUGGUAAAAAAGAAUAUGAGUAUCCUGAAUCUAAUAAUGGUAAUUUAAAUUUUGAAGAAUUCGACCCAACCUAUUUAGAACAUAAUGCAGCCUGGUUUAAUAGUCUUCAACAGAAUUCUAAACGAACACCAACUGGUUUUGUUGGAAUGAGAGGUAAAAAGAAACCAGCAUCAGGAUUUUAUGGUGUUCGUGGUAAGAAAGAUUCAAGUCUUGAUGAACUAUAUCAACAAUUAGAAAAUAUAUUUGAAGAUUCACCUGAUUAUAACGAUCAAUUGUAUAGUGCUACUGAAUAUUUUGAUAAUGAAAAACGUUCUAAUCGAAAUGGUUUUGUUGGAGUUCGAGGGCGUCGUUAUCCUUAUGGUCUCGUCCCACAUUUAGAAGAACUUGAUAAGCGUGUACCAAAUGGUUUUGUUGGAAUGCGUGGUCGACGUUUUGAUAUAAAUGAAUUUGAAAAUGAUAUAUAUGAUCAAGCUGAAAAACGUAAAAAUAAUAAUGCUUUUUUUGGAGUACGCGGUAAAAAAGAUGUUUCAAAACAACUGAGUCAAAUGAAUGAGAUCGAUAAACGAUCACCUUUAGCAUCAUAUUUUGGAGUUAGAGGAGAGAAGCGAUUAUUUAAUUCAAAUGGAUUUUUUGGAACACGAGGAAAAAAACAACCAUAUGAAUUUCGUGGAAAAUUUGUUGGAGUACGAGGAAAAAAAUCUUUCAUAAAUAAUAGUGGUAUGGAUUUAAGUUUAAAUGAUAAUCUAAUUGAUUCUGACAUCGAGAAAAGGACACCAAAUGGUUUUGUAGCAAUGCGAGGUUAAGAUAAGAUUUUAUUUCUGUUUGUUUUUUUUUUCAUCGCUUUCCCUGAUAGUUUUUGGAGCGAUUAUUAGAGCAAAAAUUAAUAUUAAAAAAAAUUCCAACCACCUAAUAAUUAUUAAAAUUAUACAUAUAAUUUUGUAUUUUAAUUUCCUAUUUAUAUGUAUUUAAAAUAAAAGUACAUAUUAACAAAUAUUAUACUUAAAAUAAUUAUUACGUAAAAAAAUUUGUGCAACAACAAAAACCCACAAAAUAAAACUAAAUAAAAAUAUCGCUGAAGUAUAUCAACAAAAUAUUAAACCAAUUAAAAUAAAAAAAAUAUAAGUACCUUUUAAAUAUAAAUUGUUCCAAAAUUUUUCAUCAUCAAAAUUAUGUAAAAAACAAAAUAAAUAAAAAAAAACCUAAAAAUUUAAGCAUUAAAUCAUGUUAAAAUUAAUUUUUGUAACAAUUAAGACGUAAAAAUGAUUGGUGGAACAUUGCUACUAUAAAUAAAUUCAAUGUGUACAAUAUAUAUUAUGUAUAACUUUAUCGCCAAAAUACAUAAUUUAUAAAAUUUCCUUCAUAAUAAAAAAAAAAAUCAAUAUACCCCCAAAAUAUAUACAAAAGAAAAACCAAAAAUUAUUAAUAUUACAUAUGCAUAUUUAUAAAAAAAAAACAAAAAUAAAAAUACCUGUUUCAGGAGCCCAAAAUCUUUAUUUCCAACUAUGUAUUUAAUUCUAAAUCUUGCUAGAUUAAAAAUAUAUAUUUAUGUAAUCGUAAU